GUGACAAGCGCCGCUACAACUAUCUGCUUGUCUUCUACUCCCGCCUGAGAACGCUCCCUCCUUUGUGAACUGCACUGCAACUUGCAAGCCUAGCACAGCUUUGUGCUCUUCUUUCAUACCCAACCGACGAAAAGAGGGCUGCAACGACAGCUUUAUCGUGUGAUAGCUGAUCAAACCCAGAUUUCUCUGUCGAGCGAAAGUUAUGGCUGCAGAUUUGGGCUCCGCGGCGACUACUGCGCUCCUGGUGGAGGCGAGCGCUAUUGGCAAUGAGGGCAGCGUUGUGAUAUGCGAGGUUGCGCACGCAAAGGAUGCCAUCGCUGGUGUUUAUGACCCUGUGCGGCACCACCUGUAUGUGGCCAACUCGGAGGGCGGUCGGCUCUGGAGCCUUCCCGAAGCGCAUGCCCUGGUGUGCCAGACCGAGGCGGGAGAUUGGAAGGUCCUCCUCGUGCCUGAGGGCGGCACCACCCUGCUUCCACCGAGGGAGGGAUCUGAGAACCCCAGCGAGAUCCGGGCCCGUCCGCCUCCGCCGGGCGGCAGCGGCGUGGUGGCCCACGCCCGCGGCAGCGACCCCUACACCACCCUGCUGGCCGCCGCCAACUUCCUCGCGGAGCAGACAGGCGCCACGCCGGCCUCGAUGCGCACCUACAUCCUGCCGCUGCUGGACGUGGUGAACCGCAUCCGCUUCAACCGCGAGCUGGCGGCGCUGCCCAAGACCUGCAUCGCCACGGCGGGCACGUCCCUGACCGUCAUGCUGGAGCAGUCGCUGCUGGAGGGCAUCACCGUGCAGGCCGGCCCCGGCUGUCCGCCCAAGCCGCUGCUGCAGGCGCCCACACUGCGCAUCAGCGAGGGUGCGGCCAUGCCGCUGGGCGUGCGGUACUCGGGCCUGAGCGUGGUGUACGGCGCCGCGACCGACAACGUGCUGUCCGUGAUCGACUCAGCGACAGCGCUGAAGAUGGCGCCCGCCGCCGCCGCCCGCGCCGCCUCCGUUGGCGGCGCCGCCAGCUCAGUGGCUGACGCUGACGCCACGCCCGCGGGCGUGUCGUCCAACUCCUCUGCCACGCCCACGCCGCCCUUCUCCCGCAGCAACAGCGGCGCGGCACUGGGUAGCGACACCGGUGCGGUCACGGCUGCGGCUGCUGCUGCUGCUGUCACGGGCCGCAGCUCGCUGUCCGCCUGCCCCUCCAUGACCUGCUUCCAGCCUCAGCCGCAGCCCCCCGCGCUGGCGCUGAGCGGCCGCAGCAUCACCGCCGCGCCGAUUGUGAACAUCGUGGCCGCGGGCUCGCCCUCGCUUUCGCCCUGCCCUAGCUUGGGCAGCAGCCCAACCGCCACAGACAGCGUCUUUGCCACGCCCACGGGUGCCCGCGCCCGCGUCAUGGCCAGCUUUGCUCUUGUGGGCAUCAAGAUGCAGGCGGGCGCCGCCGCCACCCGCGACACUGCGGUGCGCGCCUGCCGCGUGUUGCCGUCCGCCGCGGUGGCGAGUGAGCGGCAGGGCUCGCUGUCAGGCGCGUCCGACGACGAGGGCGCGGGUGCGGGCGCCGCAGCGGUGCCGCCCGGCGGCCUGGGUGUGGCGCUGCAGGUGGAGGUGGCCUGCGCCGCGGCGGGCACGCUGCUGGUGUUCCUGGAGGCGGGCGAGCACCUGCUGCCGGUGCCGACGGCGGUGGCCGCCGAGGCCGACGCCGCGGAGGACGGCACCUCGCCCUGCCGCGGCGUGCUGCGGCCGGUACGCGGCGUGCGGCUGUUUGGCCGGCCCGCCAAGUGGUCCUACAACGAGCGCAGCUGCAUGCUCAAGGUGGAGCUGCCCGGACCCAAGCCUGGCUCGGCGGCGGCGGCGGCGCCCAGCGCCGCGCGCACCGUGCAGGUGUUCCUUUAAAGCGCUGCCGCACAUGGCGGCAUCGUUCUUGGCUGAGCGUGCGUGAGCGCUUGUAUGUAUGUUCGCUCAAGCAGCAAGUGCUUGGCAGGGUGCUGCAGCACGCUGGGCACGGUGCAUGCGUGCAUGCCCACACAAAAAAGAAACUACAACUCUUAUCACUAUGGCGUCUUUGUAUCAAAGUGCAAAGUCAACAUCCGUCCAGCGGAUGUCAUAAGUAUGGCGUGCUUUUGUGCCCAGCGGUUUGGAGCGGCGGGCGCGCACGGGCGUGUGAUGUACACUUAUGGCCAUAAUCGAGCGGGGGCGCAUGUCCGCACAAUACUACCAAAGUGGGGUUCCCCUGUCUUGCGACUUCACAUGUCGGGUCUUGAGUCUGCCUUCACAUUACUGCGCCUUCUGCGCACCUGACAUGCGCUCUCUCGAGCGCGCUUGACUGAGUAGCGUUUGUUUAAGCCAGCAAUGGCACACCUUCAAUGCGGCGGGUCGUGUGUGGUUUGCUGUUGGGGUAUGCUGAGUCGAUGAUUUGCGGACCUCCAGUCCAUGUGCAUCUGCGCGCGCGUUGUGGCCUUGAAAUGCCCGCUGCACGCCGCAGAGUCGUGGUGGGCUCCGCAGACAGCGAGGAGCGCCUUGAGUCGAAUGUCGAAGAACUUUGCUUAUCGAGAUCGAGGGCUGCAGCGUCGAGGCAUCUGAAUCUCCUUUACGUAUAUCUUCUUUCGUCCAGCUAUUGCCGGAGAGUAAUGCAAGGUCGUGUGCACCCGGAAAACGGGUGAGAGUCAAGCGAUGGCCGUGACGCUGCGUGGAAGGGGCUGCCAGUCCGCGGAGUGAGCAUAGUCUGAGAAUGAUAUAUAAGUGCGAGCGCAGGGCUGCGGACUGCGAGUGGGUGUGAGGGAGCUGCAAUGCACAGGAGCUGUCGGGAGUAUGGGUGGUUUGGAACGAGGGGUUUCCAAGCGAUUCCACGGUUUUUUCUUUUUGGUUGGGCAUGAAAGGGGAAGCGACGGCGCAGCCAGCUCACAGGCAUCACGCGGCCGGGCGGCGGGCGCCUUCUCCCGGGCAUGCGGGUUGAGCGGUGAUCGGUGCGUUAUAGGUCCUACGCGGGGCACGAGGGGCAGGUGCAUUUGUCCCAUGAUUUCUUGGCGAUUCCGGCUGUGGUUUGAGCUGUGUAAUCAUACGGUUUGCCACACGCCACAAGUGUUGAAAGCCAAUAAAUAUGAAUAACUUAGCAUGGAUGUAUUUGUGCGCGCCAGCGAGGGUGCUGAGCUGGUGCGGGGGUGCAUUGUUUGUUUUGCUUGAUGCACGUGGAGCACGUUUUGGGGUGUAGGCAUGGUCCCAACACGGCAGCCGGAAGCCAUGCGUGCGCGGUGGCUUAGACGGCGGACGGGCGCACACCUGCCUGAUAGAGGCGGGGGUGGAGAAUGAGGGGCUGAGCAGAGAAGCUGGGCGUACUUGUCUGCAGUACUGCUGGACAUCAGUUGCGCUGGGUGUAACAUCCAAACUUG